AUGGAUUACGAGACAGCAGACGGCUCGCAGUUCUCGUUACGCGAGAUCGCCUCCGAGGAUGGUGCCUCCAAGGGCACGCUCAUCGCAGCCUUCGUCGACGGGCGAGUAUCGAAGCGAAGGUGACCACGUGAGGCACGAAUCUGACAGCUCCACAGAAAUGCCUAUGCUGGAAAGUCUUCUCAAAAUAUUGAAGAACUGGACGAGGUGGCUGUCAUUCAGCAUCUGGAGGCUGUGCCCUCGGAGAACGUCUUUCCGCUCCUGCCCAAGGGCUUCACAAUCGCUCCGCCUUUCGAUGCAAAGAACCAUUACCUGAAAGCGCCGCAGUUCACUUACGACGACAAGCAUCCCGGAAAUACGUUUGUUGCGAACGUCUUGUCGCACGAGGCAUCGAUUCUGGAGCAGCUCAGGCAACAUCCGCACCCUAGCAUCGCACAAUAUUACGGUGCUUGCGUCAAAGAUGGCCGCAUCACUCAUCUAUGCCUGAAGCGGUGUUACUGUAACCUCGUGGAAUACUCCCACGUGGAUCUGUCCUCUGGAGAUCGCGAGAGGCUCAUGACGGAGAUUCGGGAGGGCAUUGAGCACAUGCACUCUCUGGGCAUGGCCCAUAACGACAUCAACCCACGUGCGCAACACCCCAUUCCUCGAUGA